AUGAUGGUGGACGGAAUAAAUAAACCAAGACAUCUGUUACUGAUGAUCAUCAUUUCGCCAUAUCUCAAUGUAGCACCGGCGCUGACAAAAGCCACGGAGCUACCGACCACCAGGGAGCCAACCACCACAGGGCCACCAACAACCACAGGGCCACCAACAACCACAGGGCCACCGACAACCACAAAACCACCAACCACCACAGGGCCAUCAACAACCACGCGGCCAACAACGGGGCUACCGACCACCAGGGAGCCAACCACCACAGGGCCACCAACAACCACAGGGCCACCGACAACCACAAAACCACCAACCACCACAGGGCCAUCAACAACCACGCGGCCAACAACGGGGCUACCAACCACCAGGGAGCCAACCACCACAGGGCCACCAACAACCACGGGGCCACCGACAACCACAAAACCACCAACCACCACAGGGCCACCAACAACCAUGCGGCCAACAACGGGGCUACCAACCACCACGGGGCUACCAACCACCACGGAGUUAAUACCGAUGACCCCGUGGUGGUGGUGUGACUGUCCUUCAACCACCACGGGGAUGCCGACCACUAGCGAGCUACCAACCACCACGGAGCCGCCAACCACCACGGAGCCGCCAACCACCACGGGGCUACCAACCACCACGGGUCUACCAACCACCACGGAGUUACCGAUGACCCCGUGGUGGUGGUGUGACUGUCUUUCAACCACCACGGGGAUAACGACUACUAGCGAGCAUGCUGAUAACGUGUCUCCAAUUCUCAUUUGCCCAUCAAAUGCUGAAGUAACUCUUGAUGCUGGAGUAAGCAGUGCUAGAGUUGAAUGGUCACCAGAUCUACCGUCUGGUAGCGAUAAUGUUGACGGAAUUAUCGACAUUAUUGUGUGUAGGGAUGAAGGCAACGCAUUGGUGGUAUCAGGUGGUGUUUACGCAGAGGGGGUAAUGAUAGUGACAUGCACAGCCAGAGAUUCAUCUGGAAACGAAGGAACGUGCAGAUUUACUGUCAUAGUUCAAGAUGCCGAUACAGGAAAUGACACUGCUAUUAUUGCAGUGAUUUGCGUUCUCAGCACGCUGUUACUCCUUGUGGUCACAGUUUUCAUUGUGCGGCACAUCAGGGCGAAGAUUCAACAGAGAACACAGAAUGCUGAGGGUGUCAACUCGUCAGAUAUUGAAAUGAAUUUAACCACUGUUUAUGAAGACAAGAUCACCCCAGAGGGUCAAACAUCUACUGUUUAUGAGGAUGUCGGCCUCCCAUCCUGGGCCGGUACGUGGGAAAUCCUUUGGAGCAAUCUAGGUGUCGGUGAUCACGUCCUUGGCAGUGGUUACUUUGGAGAGGUCCGACUGGGGACUGUGUUUGUUCGUGGGAAGAAGACCCGAUCUGCUAUCAAGAUACUCAAAGGACAAGCCUCAGCUAGUGAACGUGCCGACUUCAUGGACGAAUUCCGUACCAUGUCCUCCAUCGGCCACCAUGAAAAUGUGGUCUCACUGCUCGGUGCUUGUCAGCAUGAAGACGUCCUGUAUGUCGCUCUUGAGUAUCUUCGAAACGGCGAUCUGCGAAGCUAUCUGCGAGCGAACUUUUCGACGUCCAGCUCUAAGGGUGCAUUGACGUCACACCAGCUUGUCACAUUUGCCUUGGAUGUCGCCAAGGGAAUGAAACAUCUCGCUGAAUCAGGGGUUAUACAUCGCGAUUUGGCGGCGAGAAAUGUUCUGCUUGGGGAUGGUUUAAUCGCAAAGGUUUCCGAUUUUGGCCUGUCGCGCGGAGAGGAUAUCUAUGUUCAGACGUCAACUAGACGUGUUCCUACCCGCUGGCUGGCUAUGGAAUCUUUAAGACACCAGACCUACACUACUCAGAGCGAUGUGUGGUCGUUUGGCAUCCUGUUAUGGGAAAUAGCAACCCUCGGUGGAACCCCGUAUCCAGAUGUCAAGAAUGCACGAUCUUUAGCAGACCUGUUGAAGGAAGGAUAUCGCAUGUCUAAACCACGAAACUGUGACGAUGAAAUAUACAACGUGAUGAUCCUGUGCUGGAACGAUGAUCCGAACAAAAGACCUUCGUUUAUUGACCUGGUAUCCAUCUUGAGUAAGAUGGAUGGAAAUAAAAUAGAACAUACCUACAUGGCCGUGGAUCCAAAAAUAUAUGAAAACAUGGUUCGAUUGGAGCUCGACGACAAAUAAGCCAGACACCGUCACGUGAGCAAGGUGUGUUCACGUGAGUGAUGAUGAGAGGGCUAGCGCAAACUGUUCCAAUGCUUUUUUUUUCCUCCUUGCGUUUGAUAGUGGGCAUGUCAUACUUCGGAAUACAAAGUCCAGAUUGGAUGUUGACUUCAUUCGUAGUGUUUAUUUUAUUCUUUUUAAUAAUCUGAAACCGAGUGAUACUUCCAC